AUGCUUAUUAAAAAAGGAGAGUAAAUAAUAAAAAUAUAUUAAUUUGAAAAAUUUAUAGAUUCAAAAAAAAUUAUUCUAUAAACGAAAACAUAAUUCAAAUUCAACUUAAGAGGAAUAAUAAAUAAAAAUCUAAAAUUUUAGUAAACAAAAGUAAUAAAACACUCUUAGCGCUUUUAUUGGUACUAGAACAUAAAAUUACAGAAUAUUAAAAAGACUACUAAAUGCAUACAAAAAUUUUUGAUACGUAUCUAAUCCUAAUUUUAAUUUAAUUAGAAAAAAAUGGCAACUAAUAGAAGAUAAGCACAUGAUGUAUUCAUUUUUCUAUUUUAAAGACUAUAAUGGGAGGAGAGACAUAUAAUUUAUAGCAGAACAAUUUCUUAGGUAUUUGAUCUAGUAUUCAAAUUUUUAGAUGACCCAUACUGUUCUAAUGAAUAAGUCAUUGAUAAUCAAUAAGAAUAUUAUAGCUAAAAUUAAUUAGAUCCUUUAUCAUUAUCAAUAGAUUGCAUAUUAAUAGACGAGUAUUUAACAUAAAUACCAAAGGUCUUAUCGUAAAAUUGAAUAAGCAAAUUAUCAAAACAACAUCUCAGCUACUUAAUUUUGA